AUGUCGAAAGUCGUAAGAAGUGUCAAGAAUGUCACCAAAGGAUACAGCAGUGUGCAGAUCAAGGUGCGCAAUGCGACAUCCAAUGACCCAUGGGGCCCUACGGGGACAGAUAUGGCGGAGAUUGCAGCUCUGACCUUCAACAACCCAAGUGACUUCUACGAGAUUAUGGAUAUGCUCGAUAAGCGAUUGAACGACAAAGGCAAGAAUUGGCGACAUGUUCUGAAGUCAUUGAAGGUCUUGGAUUACUGCUUGCACGAAGGCUCGGAAUUGGUGGUCACUUGGGCGCGCAAGAACAUUUACAUCAUCAAAACGUUGAGAGAGUUUCAAUAUGUGGAUGAAGACGGCAGAGAUGUUGGACAGAAUGUUCGUACCACGGCAAAGGAGUUGACGUCUCUUAUUUUGGAUGAGGAUCGGCUUAGGAGUGAACGAUCUGAUCGCAAGCUAUGGAAAGCCCGUGUUAGUGGCCUCGACGAAUAUGCCCCUCAGGCCAUAGCCGGCCCUUCCCAGCGCCCACGACGACAAACCAGAAGUGGAGCGGAUGACGAUGACCCUGAGUUACGGCGAGCUCUUGAACUUAGUAAAAUGGAAGCGGACCAAGAGGCGCGAGACAGGAGUCGACAUACCGCCAGCGAGAAUGAUGAACAAGACCCUGAGUUGAGGCGAGCGAUACAGCUAAGCAAGGAGGAGGCCGACCUCCGCGCGCGCCAACUCGAGGACCAAAAUGCUGCUUCUCUCUUCGACGACACUCCUGUGCCGGCCCAAAGUCAACCGACAGGAUUCAACCAGGGUUAUCAGCAGCAGCCAGCUGUUGAUUGGUUUGGAAACCCCCUUCAACAACAGCCACAAAGUACUGGCUUUUUGAGCAAUCAAUAUGCGCAGCCGCAGCAAACAGGUUUUCAGCCUGGUUACACUGGUGCUUUUCAAUCCUCCCAACCGACCGGCUACGAUCAAUUUGGCCAACAACCUUUCUUACAACAACAGAACACCCUGCAACCACAGCAAACAGCAUUUCCGACCAACAAUCCAUACGGUAUGCAAACUGGAACAGAUCUUUUCGGAGCACAGUCACCCCAGCAAGCGGGUCUGCAGCCGGGGACGAACAAUCCCUUUUCCGCUUCUUCACCACAGCCGCUGGACGCGAUGAAGCCGCUGCCUACAGGCUCCAACAAUCCUUUCGCCCAGAGAACGCAGCAAGCCUCUCCUUCGCCAUUUGCCCGAGCGACGAGUCAGCCGGCUUUAGGAACAUUGUUUGAAUCGCAGCCGACUUCCCAAUUCAGCCAACCCACGCAACCAAACCCUAUUCUAAACUAUUCCUCGCCGCAGCCAUCUUUCCAGCAGCAGCAGCAAGCUCAGAAGCCGGUCAAUCCACAGCAUGCCAAGCUCAAUGCACUGUUGGCUUCAGGCGAGGGCCAGGAUACUUUCGGCAAUACGGGCGAUCUGCGUAUUCCUGCCCAACAUACCGCACCUGGAACCUUCGUUAACUCGGCGGGACAAGGUCUGGAUCGUCUUCGUGCGGCUCAGACAGGGACGAACCCCUUCUUUUCGGCACAGGCUACAGGUUUUGCCCAGAACCAGCCUGGGUUUGGUCAACAAGCUCCUGCACAGACUGGACCUGCGGGCGGAUUUGGCGGUUUCACUCAGCAAAACAAUAAUCCUUUUGGACAGAGGCCCGGGGCACAGCAAAGUGGAAGCUUGAUUGACUUGUAG